CUUACCUACUCAUGGUGGGGUGUGGAGUGGAAGGGAGUCAGACGACGUCGUGUGUGUGAGGCGCUGAGAUCGGAAGCUUCACAAGGCGAGCAGCGGAAGCUUCACGAGGCGAGCAGAUUGCUGCCUUGGCCUCUACAGCCUACAGCCCUUACAGUGGAGAAACGCGCAGUCCGCAGUCUCUCCCCGCAGCAGCGCCAGCCGUUUCCGGUGAAGUCAGAGGUCUUUUUCGCCCUAGCCCUGAUCGAAGUCGGCGUACUUACCGUCCCGCUGUAUUCACCGUUGAUGGUAGAAGUUCAGUGUAACCUUGGCAUCCAGAGUGUUGCCUCAACAAUGGAUCAGUCGCUGCUGGACCUCCCAGACGACGUGCUGCUGGCCGUGCUGGCCUACUUGUCCCCCGUGGAGCUCUUGGCGUGCCGCGUGUUGUGCCGUAGGCUUCGCGACCUGUGCCUGCACCGCGAACUCUGGAAGACUGCUCAUGUCCGGUCGGUCGUCGGUGAUAGAGGCGUGGCGCGCGCGGCCCUGCGUCUGGCCCCCUGCCUGCGGAGAGUGUUCUUCGGAGACCUCGGACCAAUAUCGUCGUUGGUGGCUAGCACAGAGUGUGCGGUUACCGAGCUCAGUGUGCUUGUGAGACUCGACACCGAGGUCGCUCCGGCUACGGCCAUAGUUCAGAAAUUUGCCACACUGGGCGGGUUGAAAUCCCUCGACUUGCUGUUAGGCAUGUCACUUGAAAUUGAUACAGCUUAUGAUCUUUUGGAGGCGGUCUACAGGCUGACCUGUCUGCGCGAACUAAAGAUAUCGGUUUGUCAAAACAGUGAACUAGGUGAUCCCCGUCGUGAUGGCGCGAGAGUCAGGUCCUCGCUUGUCAAACUGAGCUACUCACGCUUUCAGGACCCCUUCCUUGAGUUGCUCCUCACCACACACGGGGCAACUCUCGAAGAAGUUGCUCUGCUCACCGGCGACAGUCUGCCCGUGAACUUGUUGGCAGCGAUGCCGAGGCUGCGCUCGCUUACCUGCCACAUGAGCAACGAGCUGGUCUAUUCGCACGGCCUGUCUCGGCUGGAAACCCUUCACUUGAACGCCUCUGACAGGUUUUUUACUCCCAACGCUCUGGAGUUCUUCCGUCGAGCGCCGAAUCUGAGAACGGUGUCUUUCUCAGUGCCGAGGCAGGACCCGGCAUCCCCUCUGCAGGCUCUGGCUGCCUCACCCUCCGCCAGGGUCCUGGAGGUCCUGAACCUGCGUUGGGGCGCCCCUCAUUUGAUGGACUUGACCUGGCUCGCCGGGUUCAUCCCUCGCUUCCCCUCUCUGCGGUCACUGUCUUUGGACACCUCUCUGCUCCGAGUGGAUCUGGACGGCCUCCUGCAGUCAGUGACCCCCACGUCGGCUCCCAGCCUCACCGCGCUCAGGAUGACGUCAUCAGGCUGCCCGCACGCCUGGCUGCAUCGUUCCGCGGUCCAGGAGCUCCUCACGAGGAACGCGCGCCUCCACCUCCACGUAGGAGGCGACAUCCCUCGCCAAUGCAGCUGCGAGUGGUGCAGCCGGGGAUGCCACGCGGGGCUGCGUGGAACCCUCAGUCGACGCGCCAUGGCCUCCCACCGCAGGACGGCUGGCUGCCCCAGCGGCUGCUGCAUGUGGCCGUGA